UUUUCUCCCCAAAUCUCCAUCUGUCAAAAUUGCAGUUCCCUCUGGUUGUCCCCCUGUCCCUUGGAGAAUGCUGCUGAUGGGCAGACCAGGAAGUGAAAUCACCAGUGUGACUAUUGUCAUUUGAACUUUAUACGGAAUAACCUGUUGUGGACUAUGCAAGUAUUUUUGGAAGCUAGCUAUUGAUUUGUUUCUUACACUAACUAGCCAUGGUGGUGGAGCAGAGAAGCUGGGUGCUGACUGGCGCCACUGUCGCCUUUGUCGCAGCGCUUUACCUGCCCUGCACGCAGAAGGCUGUCCCGGGUGGAGACUCAGGAGAGCUGAUCACCGCUGCUUGUGAGCUGGGGGUGGCUCACCCCCCGGGAUACCCAGUCUUCACCCUCCUAGCCUGGCUGGCUCUGUCCCUGCUGCCCUAUCUCUCCCUCUCUGUGUCUCCGGCCCACAGUGUCAACCUGCUGAGCAGCUUGCUGGGGGCCGGGGCCAGCGGGGCCCUCUGCUUCACUGUCUGCAGACUGGCAGGCUCAGGGCCGGGGGCGGUGCUGGCUGGGGGCGUGUUUGCUGUGUCCAGGCUCAGCUGGCAGUGGUCGGUGGUGGCUGAGGUCUUCUCCCUCAACAACCUCUUUGUUGGGCUCCUCUUCUCCCUGACUACCAGCUUCCACUGUGCUGACAGUGCCCCCCAGAGGAGGAAGGUUUCCCAUUGGGGGGCGCUGUGCUGUGGCCUGGGUCUGUGUAACCAGCACACUCUGGUGUUGUACGUGGUGGUCAUCAUUCCCUGGGUCCUGCUCCAACUCUACUCUCACAGAGAGCUGUCUGUCUGUGGGCUGAUGUCUCUGGGACUGUGUUUCCUGGGGGGUCUACUGCCCUACGUCUACCUGCCUAUCUCCUCCUACCUGAACACAGCUCGCUGGAGCUGGGGAGACCAGACUUCCCUCUCAGGCCUCUUUACUCACCUACUGAGGACUGAAUACGGCACCUUCAGCCUGGCCAAGGCAGAAGGUACCGGGAACCUCACCAUGAUGCUAAAGGCUCAGCUGGACAUACCCGGGGCCAGGUGCAGUGCUGGCUGGAGGGUGUUUGCUGUGUCCAGGCCCAGCUGGCAGUGGUCGGUGGUGGCCGAGGUCUUCUCCCUCAACCUCUUCGUUGGGCUCUUCUCCCUGACUGCCAGCUUCCACUGUGCAAAUAGUGCCCCCCAGAGGAGUAAGGUUGCGCAUUGGGGUGCGCUGUGCUGUGGCCUGGGCCUGUGUAACCAGCACACUCUGGUGUUGUACGUGGUGGUCAUCAUUCCCAGGGUCAUGCUCCACCUCUGCUCUCACAGAGAGCUAUCUGUCUGUGGGCUGAUGUCUCUGGGACUGUGUUUCCUGCCUGUCUCCUACCUGGACACAGCUCGCUGGAGCUGGGGAGGCCAGACUUCCCUCUCAGGCCUCCUCACUCACCUACAGAGGACUGGGAGGCGCCGUGUUGUUCCCUGGCUACUGACGACCAUGCUGCUACUCUACUCCCUGUUCUUUGCCUGGAGAGCCAACCUGGACAUCAGCAGACCCCUACUGCUGGGAGUGGUGGAGCGGUUCUGGCUUCAGAGCGAUGCUGUGGUGUGUGUGAUGGCUGGGCUGGGCCUGAGUUGGACACACACAGGCCUGGAGAGGAGGCUAGGCCAUGGGGGUCUGUGGAGGGCCGGAGGCUGGCUCUUCACCGUAGGUGUCCUGGCACACAUGGUGCACUCCAACCAUCGGGAGUGUGAUCAGAGCAUUAACAGUGUUGUGGAGCGGUUCGGCAGGGAGCUUCUGGCCUCUGUCCCUCCAGGCUCUAUCAUCCUGACCCGGGGAGACCUCCCAGGGAACUCCCUGCGCUACCUCCACUACUGCCAGGGGGUCCGGCCUGACGUACACCUCGUUGACCAGGAGAUGAUGACGUACAGCUGGUACGUGGCCAAGCUGGGCCAGCAUCACCCUGGGGUUCAUUUCCCUGGGCUCUGGUGGGACCCGGUCCACACUGAGGAGAAGGACACCUUCAGUCUGGAGCAGUUCCUCUCUCACAACACACAGGGGGCUGUGCUGGCCUGUAUCGGGCUGCCUAACGGGGACCCCAGCUGGGAGAGGAGCUUCUCUCGCUGGCCCCUAGGCGUGUGUGACCACCUGGUGCCUGCCCAGGAGCACUUCCACCCGGAGGAGUGGGCCCGUCGCACCCGCUACAUCUAUAACUGGACCGAGCCACACAACAGCUUCCACCCAGGGUCCUGGGAGAGGGUGGCUAAUGAGGAGAUGUGGCAGGCCAGGAUGAAGACGGCUUUCUUUAUGUUUGACCUGGCUGAGAGGAUCCAGGGAGAGGGGAAAGCUCGCCUGUUUGAGCUCUCCUACACUCUGUAUAAGGAGAUCGUGGAGAGGCAUACAGACUACCCUCCCAACUGGGAUAAAAACCUGGCCCUGGCCAGCGAGAGGCUCCUGCGUUCAGGGAAGCAGGGCCACAGCCCUGACAGCCUGCUGACCUGCAGCAUCCAGCACUUCAGCCUGUACCUGGACAAGGAGCCCACCGACUCCCAGGCCCCCGCUAUCCGCACCGCCGUCUCCCACCUGCUGCAGGAGAGGACCAGGCUCCGGCAGAAACACACCCCGUGAGGGAGGGGAGUGUCAGAUAGAGCAGGCAUACAGGAAGUACUGCAGGACACCAUGGAGACUCUCUGACGAGAGUCAGAGCCAGGGGAUGUUGACUGACCUACAGGCUGCGUCUGGUGCUCUAGUGGUUGGGAUGAAGGGUUUUGUCAGGGGUUGAACACGCCCAGUACAGUGGAGAGUAGACUGGGCUCUACCGGCAUUCAUCAUGGAAAAAUGUAUGUAUGAUGACCUGGAAAAUUCUGUGAUGAAGUAGGACAGGAAAAACAUCCCUUGUCAAAUACUUGGCUACAACAUGGGACCUAAUAUGGAGGUAGUGCUGGGGAUGGAGCUCUCUGUGAUGAGGUGGGGUUGUCCAGACAAGCAGGAACCAGGCUGCACCUCACACUGCAGCAAUGUUUUCCACUGGGGACAUUACAUGACCUUUGCAGCCUGGAUUGAACCCAAUCAAGCUGUUCAAGUCUCCCACACAUACACACUUUUAUUUACUAUUUCCCCGUCUCAUUUUUCUGUCUCUCUCUGUAUCUCUUUCUCUCUCACAGCUUUUAAUGUUAUGAUUAUGUGGCCGUGGCCACCUGCUGAUUUAGUUAUAUUUUUCUCCCAUUAGGUGGCAGGGCUGAGAUUGAGGGAAACCCAAUUUGGGUGCAGAAAUGGGGGAUUAGAGCAGGCUCUUAAUCUGUGACGGACUUGUGCAUUGCCGCGCUGUCCUGGGCUCUGGGCUCUUAGCGUGACCCUGGCUCCCAGUCGCCACCACUGCCCACCGACUAUCCAUCCAUCUGAGUUGGUCCUUUAAAAACGAAUGGAUUCAAUUAGCUUUUUUUCUCCCUUUGACGACAGAGCUAUAAUCCCUCAUAGAUUUAAAUUAAAUAUGAAAUGUUACAAUGCCAGGGACCCUUUUAGAGGGGUGUGUGUGUGUGUGUGUGUGUGUGUGUGUGUGUGUGUGUGUGUGUGUGUGUGUGUGUGUGUGUGUGUGUGUGUGUGUGUGUGUGUGUGUGUGUGUGUGUGCCCCUCCAGUGAUACGCAGAGAGGAAAAUCACACGCACACACACCGAGCAGUGGAGCGCUUUCAUCUCCAGAGAGACAUUCCGUCACGCAGACAUCGAGUCACAACCACAGUCACGCAGACACUCAGAGACGUUGCAUCCAGGCACGCAAAGGUCCUCAGCAGCACGACCCACACUCCUGGAUAGAUGGACUCAGUCACUUGAGGCUGGUCUGAGAGACAUGGUGAUUCAGUACACUUGAUUACAUCUUUAACUACUUUCCUUUUCAUUCCUUCUCCCCUCUGUUCUCGCAUAGACUUUCUACCUAAUUUACCGUACACAUUCUCAGUCUGUGAACAUGCUAUUUCACUCUUUCGGGGCUGGUGUGUUUGAUAUUUGGGCGCCACUGAUUUCUAUGAGACCUGGUCCACAGCCACUCCUGUGUCCACAGCCACUCCUGUGUCCACAGCCAGCCUAGCCUGUGUCCUGUCCUGUCAUCUGCUCUCAUUGUACUUUUAAUGGCAUGGACAGAGAGGACAGAGCACUAGAAGUGCUGCUCCGGUCCAAUCAGAAAACAACCUGCCCUCUGCUCUGUCCACGGGGCUGGCUGAUGAGAAUUGGCCUAGAACAGGUGGCUCAUCUCUCUCUCAGAAAAAAGUGUUUUUCUCUUCUCCAAAGAUUAAAAUACUCUUAAGAAAUACUUUUUUUUUUCAGAGCUUUACUUUACUGUUUCUACUGUGUUAGUUAAUUUUUUCUAUGAGACAUUUUAUUUCUGGUGUAAAUAUAUUUACUGAUUUAUACAAAUAUAUACAAAUCAGUAUUAAAAGGAGAUGCAAAAAAAUCACCAAAAAUCUA